GGUUGGGCUUAAACAACAAGCGAGCCUUCGCACGCCUUCGUUGGCCGAUCGAUCUCCCCGUGGACGGACGGAGGGACCCACCCAUCCACGUCGCCGCUAUUUUCGCGGCGCGCGCGCCGCCGAUCUCCGAUCACCGGCGGCUGGGUGCGAGCCCCGCAACCGCAAGGCGUCCCUGCUGCUACUCCCGCCCGCAUCCUCCCUGCGCCCAACUCCAAUCUCUUCUCCGCCUCCAACUCCAGGAGGUCGCUCUCCUCCUCGCUAAUUUCGCCCGCCUCCGCCGAUUUCCUCGGGGGGAGGGGAGCAGCGGUAGGUGCCGUACGUCUCCGUAACUUUUGUGUGGUAGUAAUUUAUGACCAUGGCGACCUCGCGAGAGGUUUUCAAGUAUCACCCUUUGCCUACACCGGGAGUGGAAAACAGUUUUAAGGAUGAGAUCCAAUCCAAGGUUUUGGGCACGAUAGGGGAUGUGAUGAACUCAUUUGAUCCAAAGUCAUUCCCACAGCAUGUAGAAGGAGCACUGGGAACAGCUGGAAACAUCAUCAAUUCCUUUGAGUCAAAAUUGGCUGAGCACAAGCAAUUUGAUUUUGGUGGCAAAACCAAUUUUUAUGGCUAUGAUUGUGCGGACGAUGGUUGGGGAUCUGCACCCUUGAAGGCAGAUAAGCCGGUAAACCUUAGAAAUCUGCUGGGUGGUUUAAUUGCAAUCAUCAGUCGUGGCGGCAAAAAUUCUGAAAUUCAACCGCCAAAGGACACUAAGUCUAGUGUCGCAUUCUUAGGGUCAGGUAGCGAUGGAGAAACAUUCUUGCACGCCUCAGUCUAUGUGCCAAGUGCUCCACCAUUGCUUGACGAAGAAGCUCUGAAUUACAAUGUGUAUAGGGUUGUGAUUGAAGCAGAACCACCAGAAUGGUUACCUGAUAGUUAUGCUAACUCAUGCAUGCAAUGCGCUGCUUCUUUUACUGUUGUUACUCGUGGAAGGCAUCAUUGUCGAUUUUGUGGAGGGAUAUUUUGUAGGACAUGCUCAAAAGGCAGAUGUCUGUUGCCAGCCAAGUUCCGUGAGCGGAAUCCGCAAAGGGUUUGUGAUGCUUGUUAUGAUAGGCUUGAUCCGUUGCAGAACUUAUUCAUUAAUUCUAUUAGCAAUGCCACACAGACUGCAAAGCAUGAUGUUAUGGAUUGGACUAGUACCAGGGGGUGGUUGAAUUUGCCUAUUGGAUUAACAAUGGAACAUGAGAUUUACAAGGCCGCAAAUUCUGUGAGGAGCUAUAGCCAGAUUGCAAGGCUAAACCCCGAAAGGUCUAUUCCUCAUGCAGUCCUUAGUGGAGCAAGUGGGCUUGCUAUCCUGACAGUUGUAAAAGCUGGUGCACUUCUUACAUACAAACUUGGAACUGGCCUAGUAGUUGCUCGAAGAUCAGAUGGAUCUUGGUCACCACCAUCAGCAAUCGUUUCAGUUGGGUUAGGAUGGGGAGCACAGGUUGGUGCUGAGCUAAUGGAUUUCAUCAUAGUGCUUCGUGGUCUGGAAGCUGUCAGGACUUUUAGCAGCCAGAUGCAUUUUUCUGUUGGGGCAGGUUUAAGUGCUGCAGCAGGGCCUGUUGGUAGAGUGCUAGAGGCUGACUUGAGAGCUGGUGAUAAAGGCUCAGGUGUUUGUUAUACAUAUAGCUGCAGCAAAGGUGCAUUCAUUGGUGUUUCGUUGGAAGGGAACUUCGUUGCAACCCGAAGGGACGCAAAUCUGCGGUUUUACGGCGACCCGUAUCUGACAACCAGCGAUAUUCUCAUGGGGGAUAUGCAGAGACCAAAUGCUGCCAAGUUUCUGUACACAGCGUUGGAUGGCCUGUACUCUGGGCUGAGUCGUUAGGACGAUGUAAAUCUCAACUGUACAUAUUUGCUCUGAUUCUUCUGGCUGUAGGCGUUUUUAGCUAGGCUUAUUGAUUCUUCUAAGUGCUUGCCAUUGUAGCUAGGUCCACUGCUAUCAGUCAAGUUCCAGAUGGCAAGUCAAAACCUCUAUAGUUUACAUGUAAAUAUAUCUUCCUAUGAUACAUACACCGCAUUGUUCGAAGUUUAUCAUCGGAUAUUUGUGGUGGUAUGCAACUAUAGAAGCUGUUACAUGUUACUGUAUCAUGGAUCAUCGAAUUUAAACUAAACUUAGCACUUA